AACCUCUUUAAAUUAGCGAAAAGCUGUGAAGUAUAAUUUUGACUAUUAAAAGAUUAAACGUGAUAUAAAAGUACAUCAACGUUUAAAGUGUUUACUGCUACGUGUUGUGUUUUGUGGCUUAAAUGUGUCAAACACAACAAGCAUACGUUGCCGCAACAAUUAUCUGUGUUGGCAACACUAUCUGUAGCAGAUAUUUGUAGGUUAUCCAGUGUUUAUUCCAGAGGUGUUCUAAAAGUGGUAGGGGUUGUAGGAUCUGACAUUUGGUUCUUUUUGAGCGGUUAAAAAUGUGUUUUGUAUGAAAGGGAUUUUUUGUCCUUCGUAUUGUAAUUGCUACAUCUCCAAGUCAGUAUAAAUAUCAGCAGGAGAAGUAAUAUUGCUGUUGCCAAUGUUCAUACUCUUGUGAAAGCGGUUAUUAAUCAAGAAAAAUAAUGACGCGUUUACAUUCUUGAUGCGUGUGUUACACAAAAUAUUAUUAAACCUGAUAAUUGCAGUUACAUUUUUUAUUCUGUUUUACGUAUUUCAAACGAGUGAAUCAUCUAGUGAUAAACACUAUUCUUCCACUUUUGAUAAUUCUUGUUAUUUAUACACAGAUAGCAAUAAUGUGUUUCAAACAACACAGGAUGAUUCUCGUGGAAGACCGUCCGCCUUAGAAACUGCUGCUACACCGUCCGAAAGGAAGAGUGAGGCAAAUGAUGUGUACAAUGUUUGGUGUAUAUUUACAAAAGUGCUCAAUCAUGCAGCUAUGAAGCACAAGUUUCAUACGUUUACAAAUUCUCUCUUUAAACAUUCCACUGGACAUGUUGCUUUGCAUAUCAUAAUAGAUAAUUCUAGUAGGACUGCUGCUGAGGAAGUUUUAGAAGCUGUGAAGGAAACUACACACAAGGAGAUUCUGGUAAUGUAUUAUGAUGUGGGGUACCUGGUGGAAGAGCUGCAGGAAAUUGUGUCAGCAAUGCAACCUCACUUCAGCUCACAGCCUGGAACAUAUUACAGCGAUGCUCUUUUCUUCCUGUCCCUCGGUCUUCACAGAAUUGCCUUAGAUCAGCAGCGUGCUGCAAUGUUUGAUGCCGACACCAAACUUCAUGCAAAUAUUGAGGAGCUCUUUCAAGAGUUUGACAGGUUUGGGCCAGAUACCUUGUUUGGUUUAGCACCAGAACUCACCCCUGUGUAUCGACAUGUCCUGUACCUAUACCGAUCACGCCAUAAGGACACAAGGUUUGGUGAACCACGGUCAUCACAUGAUGAUCAGGGCUUCCCUGGUCUGAAUAGCGGUGUCAUCUUGUUUCGACUGGAUCGUAUGCGUGAGAACGCAUUGUACAACCAAUUAUUGGAUGCUGAGGCUGUUAGCUCUCUUGCACAUAAAUACAGUUUCAAGGGUCAUCUGGGUGAUCAGGACUUCUACACGUUACUAGCAAUGGAGCAUCCCUAUCUGGUUCAUCUGCUGCCAUGUGUAUGGAAUCGUCAGUUGUGUACAUGGUGGAGGGACCACGGCUAUCGAGAUGUGUUUGACGCAUUUGCGUACUGUAAUGGAACUGUAAAGCUCUACCAUGGUAACUGUAACACACCCAUUCCUGAUUGAUACAAUAUGAAUUUAGGAAAAUUACAUUUUUAUAUCAUCUUUAAUACUAAGCACACAUAUGAUAUAAAUGGCAAAGCGUUCCCUAGAUGUUUCAGGGUUGCCAAAUUCUGGGAGCUGCUUCAUAGAAUUGCUUAGCUGAAAGUGUUUUAAUUUACAGUAUACUAAUAGAAACCUUUAUUAAUAUAACUGUUGGUGUUCAGAUUAUAUUAUUAAGUACACAUCAAUAUAUUCCUCUCAUAAUUUAUUGACCAAGUGGCUGAAAUAAUUUAAUUUUGAAGAUUCAGCAGCUGAUUGGUAUAUGACAUUGAGUGUUCAAGAAAUUUCCUGUUAUGGAACUGGAAAGUGCGCUGCUGUUACCACAAAAAUCCAUAACCUGUUUCCAUAAGUAUUUUAAUAUCAUGCACCCAUUUAUGUCUUAGUGUUCCAUGUGGUUUCUUUCUACGAGAGUUCCGAACCAGGUCUUUAUCCUUAUUUUAAAUGUAAUUAGAUUUCCAUGUGCAUUUUCCAUUGAGAGUAUUUACUGAUGUGCCAUAUGUAAAACAUAACAAAUAUUUAGUGAUAACAUUUUGUUUUUUUUAUAUUCUAAUACACUACACGGUAUGCAAAGUUUUAAGAUUUUGAAAAUUAUUACAUACUAUAAUUAUAGACAUCUGCAAUACCAAAUGCAAAUACAAGGCCCUGUACUGAAACAGUUCUUUACCAAAAAGGCAAUACAGUUAACAUCUUAGACCAAA